AUGCGGCAAAUUCAACACAGUAUGCAAGGAAAUGAAAAGGUGCAAUAUUCAAAUCUUAGGUAUAUCAGAAACCAAGAAAGUUUUAGAUCACAAGGAGGAGAAUUGGUGCUUUUCUCGGGAACAGAGGAGAAUUACAGUCAUGGUGUCGCAAUAGUAUUGUCAAAAGAAACCCAAAAUGCUCUUAUAGGAUACAGUCCAAUAAAUGACAGGUUAAUGAAAGUAAGACUGCAAGCCAAACCUUACAACUUGUCCAUCAUCCAAUGCUAUGCCCCAACCAGUCUUGCCAGUGAUGAGGAAAUUGAAACUUUCUACAACGCUUUCCAUGAAACACUUGACAUAAUACCAAACCGAGACAUCAAAGUUAUCAUGGGUGACAUGAAUGCUAAAGUAGGAAAAAGAAAUGAAAAUGGGCCAUCCUGCGGCAAAUUUGGUCUUGGUACACAAAACGAACGCGGUGAAAAAUUAGUUGAGUUCUGUGUCACUAACAACCUGUCAAUCGUGAACACAGUGUUCCAGCAUCACCCCAGACACCUGUACACUUGGAAAUCCCCUGACCAGAAAACAAGAAACCAAAUAGAUUACAUCAUGCUUAGUUGCAUAAAAGAUACAAAAACCAGGCCAGGGGCCGACUGUACUAGUGAUCACCAGCUCCUCUAUGCGGACAUAAAACUCAGGCUGAAGAAAAUGGAACAGCGACACCAUCCUCUUAGGUUAGACUUCAAAUCAUUGAAUGAUAAUUUCAGAGUGGAGGUGAACAACAAGUUUGAAGUACUAUUAAGCUGCGAUAUAGAGAACAAGUCACCAAAUGAUUUGUGGGAAGAUGGGAAAGAAAUCGUGGUGACCACAGCCAAAAAUAACUUAAGAGUCAAAAAUAUUACUAAGAAAUUAAAACCUUCAAAUGACACCGUCAAAAAUGAGGAUGGUAAGAUUUUGUGUGAUGGAGAAGACGUGAAAAAUAGAUGGAAAGAAUACUGCUCCAACCUCUAUGCCAAGAGAAACAAUGUCAACUCGGUUUUCAAUGCAUCCAAUGAAACAUCAACUGAACCGAAAUGGCCUGAAGAUUGGAUUAAAUCAGUCUUCGUUCCUAUCCCCAAGAAAGGCGAUACCCAGCAAUGCAGCAACAACAGAACCAUUGCACUAAUUAGCCACAGCAGUAAAAUCCUGUUGAAAAUCAUUGCUGAUCGAAUGCAGAUGAAACUGAAAGCUGAAAUCGCAGAAGAACAAGUCGGUUUCAAGAGAGGCACUGGUACAAGAAAUCAAAUCCUAAAUCUUAAAAUGAUCAUUGAAAAAAACAGAGAGCACUCCGAAGACUUGUACCUAUGUUUCAUUGACUACACUAAAGCUUUUGACUUGGUCAUACAUGAAGAACUGUGGAACAACAUGAGAAACAUGGGUUUUCCUGAACACAUUAUCCUGCUACUCAAAGCAAUGUAUGACGAGCAAAAAGCCGCAGUACGUGCAAACUAUGGCCUAACGGACUGGUUUGAAAUUGACCAAGGAGUCCGUCAAGGAUGCAUCCUUUCCCCGCAUCUCUUUAAUCUGUACUCUGAAAAUGUCAUGAGAAAUGCACUGGAAGGUUUUAUCGGAAACGAUACCAUUGGAGGCAGAACGAUGACCAAUCUCCGAUACGCUGAUGACGUGGUUUUGAUUACCAAUUCCCUGUCAAAACUUCAAGAUCAUUUCACUUAUCUGGGAGCUGUUUUCACCAACAAUUGCAAUGAUACCCUGGAAAUUAAAAGAAGAAUCGCAAUUGCAAAAUCUGCAACAGUGUCGCUAACAAAAACCUGGAAGGACAAAGGAAUAUCUCUAUUCACAAAGAAGAGAUUGCUCUCCACGCUAGUUUUCUCUAUCGCAAUGUACGGAGCGGAAUGCUGGACACUGAAGGAGACCGACAGAAAGCUCAUUGAAUCUUUCGAGCUGUGGUGCUUCAGAAGAGUACUUAGAAUAUCCUGGACUUCUAAAACCACCAACGAGGACGUGCUCACCAAAUUCCAACCUGAAACACGGUUGCUCAACAGCAACCUCCAGAGGAAACUAAGCAUCAUAAGAGAUGAAGAAAAUCUGGACAGAACCCUACUGCUGGGCACGGUCUACGGACCGACCGAAAACCCGGUACAGUGA